AAAAUUUAGUUUUCACACUCCCUCUCAAUUCAGCCCGCCCAAUUUUCCUCUUCCUCAAAACCCUAAAAUUCCACACAUUCCUGAAACAAAUUCAACCCCACCAACUCACCAAUUCUGAGCCCUGGUUCCGAUCUACACAGUAUCUCCACCACAACCACUACCAAUUCCAACUUCCACAAAACCCUAACCAAUUUUGGUUACCAUCAACCCUAACCCUAACGAUUGUUUCGUUUCGAAGAUGCGAAGCAAGGAGAAGCGCAUGAUUUUGAGUUCGUACCUGCAACGUGCUUGUAAAAUCUCUGAUGGAAUCGAAAAGAAGAGGAAUAAAAUCUCAACCGAGUUCGUUGGCUUCUGAUUCGUGGAGAUUUGGUGUCGGAUUCGUUGGCUUCUGAUUCAUUGGGUGUAAGGAGAAGCGCAUGAUUUUGAGUAUAAAUUGGGUCAGAACGGGUGAAGAUAAAAAACAAAAUGGGUGUAAUUGGGUUUAACAUAAAACAGAACGGGUGAAUGGGUGAUGAACUGUGAAGAUUUGAAGACUAAAAAUCUGAAAUCCUAGAUGAAUCUCGCAUGAGAAAUCUCGUCUGAGACUAUAUCGAUCGUCGAUUUGUUCUAAAACCAUCCAUAAUUGUCUUCUACAUUUUUCUCGUACCUAACCCUAACCCUAGAGUUAUUCCAUUUUGCUAUCUCGUUAAUGAAGUCUGGGAGAUCUGCAUUCCUAUUGGAUGUUCUUGUGGGAUUUCUUUACCCUGUGAUCUCGUUACAGGAAACAUCGAAUAAAGAUUUAUCAAUAUUAGCAAAGGCAGCUUUUGAGCUGUUGAAGUGGAGAAUAUUCACAAAUGAUUAUCUUAGAAAGGCAGUAUCGAUUCUUCUAUCGUUAGCGGAAGAUCCAAACUAGCGGACCAAAUCUGCAACUUCGACUUUUCUAAGGAGCUUUAUGUACCGGUAUGUGGUUUUUACCAUUAUCCUUAAUGUUAAAAAGGUUUUGCAUCUCUUGAAGCAAAGAGGAAGUUCAAGGCCCCUCGUGUGUCACCAAAACACACAAGUCCGACAAGUGAAAUUCUUCAAUUUGACUCAAGUGAAGAAACUGUGGAUUCCAUUGUCCCAAGAAAGACCGCAAAGCUAAUGGAAUCAGUUUCUUACGACGACAUGAGAGGGGUCCAACACUCAAAGCAUACUAUACACCCUUGUAUUGCAUCACAAAAGGAGUCAGAACCUAAUUCUUUCUUGGGUGAAAGUGAGGGCAAAACAAGAGUGCAAAAGAAACCUGUGGUGGUCAGAAGUCGUUAUUUUCAGCACAAAAGUUCAGAAGAAAUUAAUGAAGUCAACAUUGCAAGCAAGAAUACAACUUCUAGUUGCAAUCUCACGUCAGUUUCGGGUCCAAUUGAGGUCAAAGCUAGAGUAGAGAACAUCAAACCAAAUAAAAGUCGCUAUUUUACGCAGAAAAAUCAAGAAAACACAAAUGAAAGUCAUUUAGAGACGAACAUCAACGAAGGAUUAACCAUGAAACGGAAGUUUUUCAUUGUCGAUGACAGUAUUCAAAAUGACGAUCUGAGACAAAAAUGCAUGCGGGCAGAUCAGUCUCAUGCUAAUCAAGGUGUAUGCAAUUAUGAUCUUGAUGAUCAAAUGCAAGCCACAAGAGAUGUAGAAGAGAAAUUUGGAUGUAAGAUAUCCCAUUUGGGAAAAUAUUCAGAAAUAGCAGAGAAAUCAAUGGAGAAAUUCGUGUCUGUUAUAUCAUCUUUCAAAUGCACUUCAACUGGUUCUUGUGCAAGCGGCGAAAUACAUUUACGAAAAGAUCAUCUCCCGUUGAUGACAUAAGUAAAUUUGCUUAUACCCCGGCCAAACCAUUACCAUCACGAAGACCUUAAAUCAUCUGUACUUGAAACAUGUGUUGUCGAAUUAUUUGCAGGCAAACCAUUACCAUCGCGAAGACCUUAUAUCAUUUGAUUGGCUGAGACAAAAGGACCAGCUAAUGGCCGAAAUGAAAGUGGGGAGACUUUUUUAGAGAAUUUUUGCUAGUGCUGCUAGGAGGUUAUGUUGUUGCAAGUCCUGCUAGGAGUGAUCUAGGCUUUUAGAUUAGGAGUUUAUGUAUUUAGUAUGAAAACUGAAAACUUAUGUAUGGAUUUUGGUUUAUUAUUGUUAUAUCAUUAAUUUGGUUUUUAGGUU